AAGUGAAUCCGGGUUUGGGGUUUCGGGUUCCCUCCAUCCACCCCCACUCGGCCUCUCUCCUCUCUCUCCUCUCUCUCCUCUUUCACUGUCUGUAGGUCAAUUCAAAUUGAUAUCACAAACCCAAUAAAAAUAUCUUUAGCUCUCAAGUGAGCGCCAUCUAUCAGCUACCAGAAGAUUCUCCAUCGCCGCUCCAAAAACCCUAAUCUCAAUCUCCUUUCAACCUUCAUAACUUCAACAAUUGAUCAAACUACAUGCAUUAAUUGAUUGGAAAAAAUUCAUCCUCCAUGGACUUGCUGCAUAUCACGCCUUGCAUUUCGUCUCCAUUGCGCCUUCCGGCGCUGGUACCUCGUUCUCGCGUUGCAACUUCCGUCUUCUUCUACAAAAAGCCUACAAGUAUCGGAAAAUGUAGAAAUAUGUGCGCGGCUUCCAAUUCCGAUACAAUAGUGAAAUCCAGCGAAAUUACCAGCAAAAAGGAAGAGGAGCACGGUGACUUGAAGUCUUGGAUGCAUAGGAACGGACUUCCGCCUUGCAAGGUAAUGCUGAGAGAAAGGCCUUCUCAUGAUUCGAAGCAUCGGCCAAUUCAUUAUGUUGCUGCCAGUGAAGAUCUUCAGGCAGGUGAUGUAGCAUUUUCUGUCCCCAACUCAUUGGUGGUGACGCUUGAUAGAGUUUUGGGAAACGAGACCAUUGCGGAACUUUUAACCACAAACAAAUUGUCAGAAUUGGCCUGCCUGGCACUAUACCUAAUGUAUGAGAAGAAGCAAGGUAAAAAGUCUUUCUGGUAUCCGUAUAUUAAAGAACUUGAUCGUCAGCGAGGUAGGGGCCAGUUAGCUGUGGAAUCGCCACUUUUAUGGACGGAGGCUGAACUAGAUUACCUGACAGGAAGCCCUACAAAGGCUGAAGUUUUGGAGAGGGCUGAAGGAAUCAAACGAGAGUACAAUGAGCUUGACACUGUCUGGUUCAUGGCUGGAUCAUUGUUUGAGCAAUAUCCAUAUGAUAUCCCCACGGAGGCUUUUCCUUUCAAGAUUUUCAAACAAGCUUUUGUUGCUGUACAAUCCUGUGUGGUGCAUUUGCAGAAAGUCAGUUUGGCCAGGAGAUUUGCAUUGGUUCCCCUAGGACCUCCAUUAUUAUCCUAUAGAAGCAACUGCAAAGCCAUGUUAACUGCUGUUGAUGGGACAGUGCAACUUGUCGUUGAUCGUCCCUAUAAAGCUGGGGAACCCAUUGUUGUCUGGUGUGGCCCACAGCCUAAUUCAAAAUUACUCAUAAACUACGGUUUUGUGGAUGAAGAAAAUUCUUAUGAUCGCAUGGUUGUGGAGGCUUCUUUGAAUACCGAGGAUCCUCAGUAUCAGGACAAAAGAUUGGCUGCUCAGAGAAACGGAAAGCUAUCAGUACAAGCUUUUCAGGUUUUUGUGGGAAAGGAAAGAGAUGCUGUGAUGGACAUGCUUCCUUAUCUACGAUUAGGAUAUGUUUCUGAUCCUUCAGAGAUGCAAUCUGUUCUAUCUUCUCAAGGUCCAAUAUGUCCGGUGAGUUCCUGCAUGGAACGUGCUGUUCUAGACCAACUCGCCGAGUAUUUUGUAGCAAAACUUGCUGGUUAUCCAACUACCCUUAGUGAGGAUGAGACUUUGCUUGCAGAUCCUACCUUGAAUCCAAAAAAACGAGUGGCAACACAACUUGUCAGGUUGGAGAAGAAAAUAUUGAAAGCAUGCCUGCAGGCAACAGUAGACCUGAUAAACCAGUUACCUGAUCACUCUGUAUCGCCAUGUCCUGCUCCUUAUGCCCCAAUUCUGAAAUGAUUCUUGAAUCCCCUAUGAUCUUUUUACCUGCUGGGCAUGGAUUUCCGAUAUGGAACAGAUGGGCGCAGAUUAAUGAGGGUGGAUCUCAUGUUGACGAGAUGAAUACUGUAAGCUGCUCCAUGCCUCCAUCAAGCCGCCUAUGUCACAAACUAGGAAAUUUUUAGUAUUGCAUUUUUAUGUCCAUUUGUGUAUAAUACCAGUUCCGUCCCUAGUUUUAGCUUACUUCCUAACUGUUUCACCUUUUGUAAUACCAAUUGUGCCCGUCAUUUCGUUGUAAGAAGGAUGCCUUAUUCUCUCUUCUGUGGCCAAUUCUUCUGCAUUAGGCCAAACAUGUAUAUUUUGUUGAUUAUUAACUUGGCGACCUAUGGAAUUGUCACA